AUGGUCAACCACGACAGCGGAUAUGUCUCUGAUCUUCAACUGACAUCCUCCAUCCAGCGACCGACAGGCUCCCAUCCCAACGUCACCACUGGGUAUGUCGCAAAGUCAGGCAAACGCAUGGCAAGGACUGGUCGCGCCGAGGCCGCGAUCGCGCGUCUUCGCCAGUCGCCUCUGGACCGAAGUCCAUCUCUCGGAAGACAUCCAAAUCUGCCUGCGUACUCCGGUAUGAUGCCGCCACCCAUCUCAUCUCCCGUCCGGUUGAGCUCGCCGGUUCAUGCGCCCUUCACGCCUGCCCAGCAGCGUCUGUCGAGGCCUCAGAUUCCGGUCCCUGCCUCCCCGUCGCCGGAGACGCAGCUUCAGAACUUCCGUGCAAAUGUCUCGCAGCCGUACCAUACUACACCGGCCGAUUGGCCGGAGACACCCAACGUUCGGAACACGGAUUAUGGAAGUCCUAUGUUCCGUAUAUACAACGACACACCUAGCCAGCAGUUGACGCCUGUGGACAAUAGCAGCAUGGGCAUGUCUCCGCUGACUUCCGUCAGGCAGUCCACCACGCGUCCCCAAUUCGGCCGCACAAUUACCUCGACUAACGCCCUUCAUGAGAUCCAGGGCAAACCGGCAUCGAGGCUCUUCAAUGCAGCUCUUCACGAAACGCCUAGCAAGAUGCCCAAUAUCAACCGUCCGCUGUCAGCUGGCGCAAAUCGUGCUAAGGGCAGUCCGCUUAAGAAGAUACAGAUGCUUGGGGCGGAAGUUGGGAGUGGGGAUGAGAACGACUUCGACUACUUCUUCAAUUUGCAGGAGCAGGAAGCAGCUGAGCAAGAAGUGACAUUUGAGCCUGAUGCAGGCUUCGGCCUGGUGCGAUCCGGCUCAACGUCCUCUUCUACCCUCCCGCGUUAG